AUGGCCGACGGGGAGUUCGUCCUCGUAUUCUCGUUCGUGGAUGCCGAUGGGUUCGCCGGAUUCGAUGCGUUUCGAGUGGCGGCGGACACGGGCCUCGUCGUGGGGAGUUACGGAGCGCUCUGCCGGCUCGGGACCGGAGCCACCUUCGUCCAGAAGGGCAUCCACCAGCCGGAAGACAAGAAGCUUCGGAUCUCUCGCAGCACACUAAUAGCAUCGUAUGACGACCUGCUGCUGGCUCUGGUGGAGGGUCGCCAGAUGACGAUCGCGGCGAUCGCGACCGACUGCGUGCAUCCCCUGCCGCCGGAGGUCAUCGUCGCCGAGGGCGGAUCCACUUACUACCAGUACUACGUCGUUCCAGACGGAACGGGGCUCGCCGUGGAAUGGCCGGGCCUGUCGCUCAGCGAGGUCGAGGGUCAGACGGUGAUCGCGGCGACCAGGGCGGUCAUCCGGCCGGACGGAUCCGCGGGCGUGUUCGCCAAUGCGUUCAACGCUCUGACGGGGGAGGACGAAUUUCCUCAUCCCUGGGGAUUCCAGUGCGUCCUUGGGGAUUCGGUCAAGUUCUUCUAUGCGUCGGGCGAUGCGAUCGAGGCGUUCGAGACGCACGAUCAAGUGGAUGCCGCCUUCAUGGAUGGGAAGGAAGUCCGGCUCGACGUCCAUGGCGAUUUGGCGGAGCUGACGGAUUUCGCGUCGGUGUUGGCGGCGCAACUGAGCGGGGCGAAACUGUUGGCGGAAAUGGAUUUGAGCGAAUGCGUGGACCCGACGGGGCAAGUUGACCUUUCCGGGGUCACGGUGGGGGCGUACUUACGAGACCUCGUCGUUCUCGGUCCCGGGACUCCAGAGGCGAGAAUUUUCCUAUCGGCAUUUGCCGUGCACAGUGACCCCAUCGGCGGCCUGGUCUACGAGACAUUCUCGGCGACCGUCGACGAAAACGGCAAUGCCCUCGUCUACCCAGGCCUCUGGCGGUUCGGCGAAAACGGCGAAUGGGGCGACGACUUCCGCGAAACCGUCUUGGAAUGCGCCCUCGGCGAGGGGGUGAGGAUCUUCGAGGCCUUGAUACCGGAAUGAAUUCAGACCG